CUCGUACCUACUGUCAAUUACAAGGAAGAAAAUGUUGAAAACUUCAAGCAAGACAACAACGCGGUUAUUUGCGGGCAAUUACAGAUGACAUCAUAGGUCCUGUUGUGUCUCUGAAGUACUUUUAUGAGAUCUUUUCAUAAUUAUUUAUAUCAAGCUGUCCUUUUCUCGCUGUAAACAAUUCCAACUGGUUAAAGACUGCAGAAAAGUUUGAGCAUGUUUCACCUAAUUAAGAAAGACAAGGAUAAGGAAAAGGACUCGGGCAAGAAGGAUAAGAAAGAGAAGAAAGAGAAGAAAGAGAAGAAAGAGCGUAUGUCCCAGGCAGAGUUAAAGAGCCUGGAAGAGAUGAGCAUACGUAGAGGCUUCUUCAACCUCAAUCGAGGGAGUUCUAAGAGGGACCCUAGGAGUAAGUUGGAGAUCUCUAGUCCCAUCCCAAUUAUGGUGGCUAGCAACACGGAGCUCAGCCUGACAGACUUGGAGGCUGAGCGCCUUCACAACACCCUGGUGCAGGACGUGGGGCCACUGAGUGCAAGUACCUCUGGUGAAAACAUAAAGGGAAUUGAACUGGAACAUCAUCGCACCUCUGUAAAGGAGAGAGCAGCUAAGUUUGGGGAAUUGGCCACAUUGAAUUCCGUGGUAGGCCAGAAGCACGUAUCUUUUUCCCUGAAGAGUAAAGAGGACAAUGCUGUGGAGGCUUCAGAUCUUUCUGGGCAGAACUGCACUACAUCUUCACCGAAGUUCCACCCCAAACCAAAAGGCACCAACAUGGUUCACAUUCCUGAGAUAAUGGAGAAGACCUUCCCUGGUGCAGACCUACAGUUGCCUAUGCUUGUUGCGCCACCAAUACCAGAUCCGAGAGAGCUUGAGCUGCAGCGGCGCAACACUGGGGAUUUUGGCUUCUCUUUGCGGAGGACCACCAUGCUGGAUAGGCAGCCUGAUGGGGGAGUGUGUCGGCGUGUGGUACACUUUGCCGAACCUGGUGCUGGGACCAAGGACCGGGCUCUGGGCUUGGCGCCAGGAGACAGGCUGGUGGAAAUCAAUGGGGUAAAUGUGGAGAACAAGAGCAGGGAUGAGAUUGUGGAGAUGAUCCGUCAGUCUGGAGAGACAGUCCGGCUUAAGGUGCAGACGAUUUUGGAGCUGAGUGAGUUGAACCGCAGCUGGCUGAGGACCACUCAGGGCCUGCACAAAGAAGCCUUGGAUGUGAAGACUGAGGACCAGAUAACAGCAGAGAAAGCCUGGUAUAACACAGAAAAAGUAUGGCUUGUCCACAAGGAUGGAUUUUCCUUGGCAACCCUCCUGAAGACGGAGGCAGGCAGUCUGCCAGAGGGGAAGGUGAGAAUCCGCCUGGAGAGUGAUGGAUCUUUAUUGGAUGUGGAUGAAGAUGAUGUAGAGAAGGCAAACCCUCCGAUGUUUGACCGUGUGGAGGACCUGGCCUCUCUGCAGUAUUUAAACGAGUCGAGCGUGAUGCACUCCCUGCGGCAGCGCUACGGCGGUAACCUGGUGCACACCCACUCUGGGCCGAACAUGGUGGUCAUUAACCCCAUUAGCGCCCCUUCGAUGUACUCCGAGAAGGUGAUGCAAAUGUUUAAGGGCUGCAAAAGGGACGACACUGCCCCUCACAUUUACAGCAUGGCCCAGGCUGCCUAUAGGAACCUCCUGACCACUCGCCAGGAUCAGUCCAUUGUCUUGCUGGGCAAGAGUGGUAGUGGCAAAACCACCAACUGUCAACACAUUAUCCAAUACCUGCUUACCAUUGCUGGCAGCACCAACAAAAAAUUUUCCACGGAGAAAUGGCAGGCGGUCUACACAGUUUUGGAGGCAUUUGGGAAUGCCUCUACCUGUAUGAAUGGGAAUGCGAGUCAUUUCUCCCAUAUCGUUUCCUUGGAUUUUGACCAGGCAGGCCUGGUGACCUCAGCCUCUGUCCAGACCAUGCUUCUGGAGAAGAUAAGGGUGACAAGAAGACCAGAGGGAGAGUCCACGUUUAAUGUCUUUUACUAUCUUAUGGCUGGAGUAGACAGCUCUCUCAGAACUGAGCUGCACCUUAACCACUUUGCUGAAAACAAUGCAUUCGGUAUCUUGCCUCAGACUAAGACUGAGGAUAAGCAGCGGGCCUCCCAGCAGUUUUCCAAGCUGCAAGCAGCCAUGAAGGUUCUGGGGAUCAGUGGUGAUGAGCAGAGGGCCUUCUGGCUCGUCCUCGGGGCCAUCUACCAUCUUGGGGCUGCAGGGGCUACUAAGGCUGGCAGGAAACAAUUUGCACGUCACGAGUGGGCCCAGAAGGCAGCCUACCUGCUGGGCUGCACCCUGGAGGAGCUCUCCUCCUCCAUCUUCAAGCACCAGGCCAAGGGCACCCUGCCCAGAGCCAGCACCAUUCGCCAGGCUUCUGACGAAAAUGGCACAGCAGAUGCAGGAACCAAGGCUACGGCCAUGGAGUGUUUAGAGGCCAUGGCAUCUGGGCUUUACUCUGAAGUCUUCACUAUCCUCAUUUCUUUAAUAAACCGGGCCUUGAAAUCCAGUCAGCACUCCCUGUGCUCUCUGCUCAUUGUGGACACGCCAGGCUUUCAAAACCCAAGACUGGCUAAGCGAGAGUGCGCUGCAACCUUUGAGGACCUAUGCCACAAUUACACUCAAGAACGUCUGCAUACUCUCUUCUAUCAGCGUACCUUUGUUCAGGAGUUGGAGAGAUACAAAGAAGAGAACAUAGAGCUUGCUUUGGAUGAGACCGAGCCUAGCACAUCUCUGUCUGUUGCAGUGGUAGACCAAGCUUCAAGCCAAGCGCUGGUACGGACAGUACGAACAGAUGAGGCACGGGGCCUGUUGUGGCUGAUGGAGGAGGAGGCGGUUCAGCCUGGGGGAUCAGAGGAAACCCUGUUGGGACGUCUCUUUAGCUACUACGGACCUGCUGAGGGUGAGAGUAAAGGUCACACUUUCCUCUUGAAGAGUGAGAAGGAUAAUCAUUUCCUGUUGGGCCACAGUCACGGCACUGACUGGGUGGAGUACGAUGCCUGCGGGUGGCUGAACUAUGCCAAGCAGAAUCCUGCCUCCACCAAUGCUAUAAACCUCCUGCAGGAAUCCCAGAAGAAGGUCAUCAGCUCAUUGUUCCUGGGCCGUGCGGGUGGAGCCACUGUUCUGUCCGGUUCCAUUGCAGGCCUUGAAGGUGUUUCCCAGCUGUCCUUGCGACGGGCCACUAGCAUGAGGAAAACCUUCACCACAGGGGUGGCUGCUAUCAAGAAGAAGUCCUUGUGCAUUCAGAUAAAGCUUCAAGUGGAUGCCCUCCUCGACAUGGUGCGGAGGUCCAAGAUUCACUUUGUUCACUGCAUAUUGCCCAAGGCAGAUGCCCUCAAGGCUUUGAGUGGAUCCUUGUUCAAAGGAGGGGAAUGUGAGGCUCAAGGGGAGAGUGGAGAUCCCGGCUUAAUGCAGCUAGAUGUAGCCUUGCUUCGUGCUCAGCUGCGUGGCUCCAAGCUGCUCGAUGCUCUACGGAUCCACAGGCAAGGUUACCCCGAUCACAUGGUGUUCUCUGAGUUUCGACGACGCUUUGAUGUGCUGGCACCGCACCUCACCAAGAAGCAUGGGAGGAAUUACAUUGUGAAGGACGAGAAGAGAGCUGUGGAGGAGCUACUGGAGUCCUUGGAUUUGGAGAAGAGCAGCUACCACAUGGGUCUGAGUAGGUUGUUCUUCAGAGCUGGCACCUUGGCUAAGCUGGAGGAACAGAGGGAUGAGCAGACCAAGCGUAAUCUAACCCUGUUCCAAGCUGCCUGUAGAGGCUACCUGGCACGGCAAGCCUUCAAGAAGAGAAAGAUUCAAGAUCUAGCAAUCCGUUGCAUCCAGAAAAACAUCCACAAGAACCGCGGCGUGAAAGACUGGCCAUGGUGGAAGCUCUUCACCACAGUCCAGCCCCUCAUUAAGGUCCAGCUCACUGAGGAGCAGAUGCGAGGCAAAGACGAGGAGAUACAGCAGCAGAAAUCGAAGCUCGAGAGGGUGGAGAAAGAGCGAAAUGAGCUGAGACUGAACACGGAUCGAUUGGAGAGCAGGAUCGCAGACUUGUUGGCAGAACUUGCUGAUGAGAGAAGCACUAGUGAGUCAGCAUCCCAGAUGCUGGAGACUGAGACUUCAGAGAGACUCCGCUUGGAGAAGGAUAUGAAGGAUCUACAGGCCAAGUUUGAUGCCAUGAAGAAACAGUUUGAAUCACAGGAGAUGGAGGUGAUGGAGGCUCGGCUUAUGAAAACAUCAGAGCUCAACGGGGAGAUGGACGAUGAUGAUGAUGCUGGAGGCGAGUGGCGGAUAAAAUACAACCGAGCCAUUCGUGAAAUGGACUUCAGCAAAAAGAAACUCCAGCAGGAGUUUGAUGACAAGCUGGAGACAGAGCAGCAGGGCAAAAGACAUCUUGAAAGAAGGCUGGCUGAUUUGCAGACAGAUAAUGAGGAUGUGCAGCGCUCUGUGCAGCAGCUGAAGAAGAAGUGCCAGAAACUGACUGCAGAGCUGGAGGACACCAAGCUUCACCUGGAGGGCCUACAGAGCCGCAACCAUGAUCUGGAGAAGAAACAGAGGAAAUUUGACCUGGAGCAGAACCAGGCCCAGGCUGAGGUACAAAGAGAAAGGAGCCAGAGGGAGAAGCUGGCUCGAGAGAAAGACCUAAUGACUGGUGAGAUGUUUAACCUCCGCCAGCAGCUGCAGGACAAGGACACCGAAUUGUGCACCGCAAAUAUGAAGGUGCAGCAGCUGGAGGCAGAGCUACAGGAUCUCUCCUCCCAGGAGUCUAAGGAUGAAGCCUCAUUGGCCAAGGUCAAGAAGCAGCUUCGUGACCUGGAGGCCAAGGUGAAAGACCAGGAGGAGGAGCUGGAUGAACAGGCUGGAACCAUCCAGAUGCUGGAGCAGGCUAAGCUGCGGCUUGAGAUGGAGAUGGAGAGGCAGCGGCAGACCCACUCUAAAGAGAUUGAGAGUAAGGAUGAAGAGGUAGAGGAGAUUAGGCGGUCUUGCAGUAAGAAGCUGAAACAGAUGGAGGUACAGCUGGAGGAGGAGUAUGAAGACAAGCAGAAAGUGUUGCGUGAGAGAAGAGAGCUGGAGUCCAAACUACUAAACGCACAGGACCAGGUGAGUCAGAGGGAUGUCGAGACAGAGAAGAAGCUGAAGAAAGACUUGAAGAGAACCAAAGUCCUUCUGGCUGAUGCACAGAUUAUGCUGGACCACCUGAAGAGUAAUGCCCCCAGCAAGCGGGAGAUCGCCCAGCUCAAAAAUCAACUGGAGGAGUCAGAGUUCACUUGCGCUGCAGCAGUGAAGGCUCGAAAGAGCAUGGAGAUUGAAAUAGAGGAUUUGCAUAUCCAGAUGGAGGACGUGGUCAAAGCUAAGAUAUCGUUGGAGGAGCAGAUCAGCCGUCUGCAGAGAGAGAAGAAUGACCUACAGUCUCGUAUGGAGGAGGAUCAGGAGGACAUGAAUGAGCUGAUGAAGAAACACAAAGCUGCAGUGGCACAGUCUACCAGGGACUUGAGCCAGAUCAGUGACCUACAGGCCCAGCUGGAAGAAGCCACAAAGGAGAAACAGGAGAUCCAAGAAAAGCUUCAUUCGCUGCAGAGCCAGCUAGAGUUCCAAGAACAGUCCAUGGUGGAAAAGUCACUCGUGUGCCGUCAGGAGGCCAAGAUCCGUGAGCUAGAGACCAAACUGGAGUAUGAGAGGACACAGAUCAAACGCUUGGAGAGCCUGGUGGGUCGCCUGAAGGAGAACCUCGAAAAGAUGACAGAGGAGAGAAACCAACGCGUUGCUGCAGAAAACAGGGAGAAGGACCAGAAUAAGCGAAUGCAGAGGCAGAUCAGGGACAUGAAAGAAGAAACGGCAGAGUUGUCCAAGAAGGAGGCUGAGGCGAGCCGGAAGAAGCAUGAACUGGAAAUGGACAUCGAGAGCUUAGAGGCGGCAAAUCAGAGCCUACAAGUGGACCUUAAGCUGGCCUUCAAGAGGAUAGGUGACCUGCAGGCUGCCAUAGAGGAUGAGAUGGAGAGUGACGACAACGAUGACUUAAUCAAUAGUUUGCAAGACAUGGUGACAAAAUAUCAGAAAAGAAAGAACAAAACUGGGGAUGAGACAGAAACAGACUCAGAGGUGGAGGACCGUGUGGAUGGAGUUAAGUCCUGGAUCUCGAAGAACAAAGGCUCCACCAAGACUCUGUCAGAUGAGGGAAGUCUGAAGAGCACCAGCCCUCCUGUGUACCGUAGACACCUGGGUCUUGGCAGAUCUGAUGAAGAGGAUGAGGUGGACAGAGACUCCAGCAGGCAGCCAAUGAGGCAGGACGACAGCGAAGGCACAUUGGCGGAGUGCUCAUCGUAACCCAAAAUCAGGUCACCUCAUGCUUUCAGUGACACCAAUCAAACAGGAGGGACAAUAUUCUUUCCCCACAUCUUUACCACCACUUCUCAGUCAGCAAGAGAGGCCAGCUGCUUCCAGAGGCAAGAACAGAGAAGGGGCACACAAAGAACACUGUUUUAAGAUAGUUUAGGUUUGGUAUAUGGUGCACUCAUUCACAUCAUGAAAUUGUGUUGCUUUUAUGGUUAAUACGUGCUUCUUCUUUCAUAUUUAACACAAGAUAUUGCAUAAGUUAGUCAAAACAGAACAGUGAAGUUGAGCGCUAUCAGAAGAACUUUCUGCUGCUACUUUAUUUAUAAGAACUGUCUUUCAGGCAAAUUUAAGCACUCCUCUGCACUCUCCUCUGACUAUUCAGAUAGCUCUGCCAAGAGGAUUUAGAUAAACCCUCUGGCUGCACUUCUUCAAGAAGGUCUGACCAACUAUUAAGACUGUUCUUAUCUCCUCCCCAUUAAUAUGGACUAGCGCAGUGGGGGGAAUUAACCCAUUUUCAAUUAAUUAUCUUGCUGUAAGUUUACAUGUGGCUCUUGUUCCGAGUUGAGAUAUCCAUCAUUUGGACAAAGUGAUAAUAUGUCACAAUAGCUGACAUCAAAGUAAAAUCAUUGAGGAAAAUACAUUUCUAUUUAAACUAAGCUGUUAGAUGUGGUAGGUAUGUAUGAAAUGCUGAGAAAUGGAUUUAAAGCAAAGUCUGAUUUAAAAGUGUAUAUAUAGUAUACUUAUAUGAUGUUAUAUGUGGAAUCAAAGCCUUUACAUGAGCAUGGUAUUCAGAUGAAUUAAGAUUUUUUAAAGCUAGUGAGAGAAGUAUUUUAUUAAGAUAUGGUUUAUGUCAUAUUCCUGAUUUAUUCUUAUCUUUUAGUGGAGUGCAUGCCAGAAUGCUUUUGGUUAGGCUCUUGUGAGGCUCAGUGAAGCUUUUGUCCACUAGUGUCAUAUUUCUUGGAAUUCAAAGGGAAUGUAUUUGUUUGCUAUUAUAAAAGAGCUUUCCGUAGAGCCUUUGAGACCUUGCAGAUGCACAAAUACUGGGUUUCUGCUGUAUAUAAUACAUUAAAGCUCCUUUUAAUGUUGAAUCCUGCAGAACAAUAUUUCAGUACAAUGAAGUCCAUUUCGAUGUUCCAGCUGCACAUUUUGUUACUUGUGGCAGGUGUAAAGUGCAGAUUGUCUUGAACUGAAGGACUUUUUGGCCAUGUUUAAGCAGUAAAAUGAUCACACCCUUUUCAGUACAACAUGGCCCUCCCAUUUUAAGGUGCCAAAGACUAUGUUCAUUCAACUGUUGUUUUUUGCACUUGAGAAAAUGUGGGAUUGAGAAUUUUGAAGGUUGUUUGUCCAUGAUCACCAAUGUGCAGCACUGAAACUCAUAUUGUGAUGAUGAGUGACUCUGAGGCUGCGUGCAUUUUAAGAUGUAAAAGGAUUCUGAUGCUGACUGUGAAGUUCUGGGGGGAGGGUCCCAUGUCAGACUUGUUUAUUUGUACUCCAUUAGUCACCUAUCUGCUCUGUAUUACCACAUAGAAUACUGCCAAAUAUACACUUACAUUAAAGCCGUUCUGCUCUUAUAA